AUGGAAGCGCCUCCCAAACCAUCGUCUCACAACCUCUUCGAGGUGUACCUGCGUCUUCGCCCGCCGCCGGUCGGUGCCGCGCAGACAGACCGCAUCUUGAACGUCGAGGCGCCCGAGGACAAGGAAAAGUCGCAUCCUUCGCACAUCACGUUGAACCCGCCGACCGAUCGGCGGCGGGCUAUUGAAAAGUUUGCCUUCACCAGGGUGUUUGAGGACGAUGCUUCCCAGCUGGAUGUUUUCCACUGUACCGAGAUUGCUUCUCUGGCCGAGGGUGUUUUGGCUCCCCAAGGCGGCGAAGGGACGGAUGCUGUCGUUGCGACUCUUGGAGUGACGGGUUCAGGAAAGACACACACGAUUUUGGGAUCCAAGUCCCAGCGCGGUCUGACCCAGCUUGCCCUCGAUGUUCUUUUUCGAUCCAUUGGCCCGAAUAUGCUGGAUUCGACAUCGCUUCCUUCGGUCAUCGAAUCCCUCCAGGCGUGCGAUCCGUCAGAGUCGGUUCUCUCGGCGGCAUCGUGCUUUCUUGAAUCUACUUUUGCCGAUGCGUUGGGCCACUCACGAGGGCCUUCACGAGCGGCAACGCCUAUGCUGGAUGCUGAUGUUGCUGCAUCGCAAGCUUCGCUACCCAAGCGGGAGAGGAAGAGGCACUUCAUGUCCCUGACUGCCACUGCGCGUGUGAAGAAUGUUGCUAAACAGGGAGUAAAGGGAGACCACAGCGUCAUGUCGCCUGGACCACGACGAAACCUUGCCCGACCGUCUGCGCUUCCCCAGACACCCGACAUCAGCGGCAUCAAUAUUUCGUGUGAUUCGUCUGCCGAGUACGCCAUUGUCGUGUCCAUGUACGAAGUCCACAACGACCGAAUCUACGACCUCCUUACGCCUGCGUCCAAGUCCGCUGCCACGAAAGAGUUUCGCAGACGACCUCUGCUGUUCAAGUCGACGGAGCUGUCUCCUGACCGAAAGGUCGUUGCCGGCCUGCGCAAGGUAGUCUGCGCCUCGUUCAAGGAUGCCAUCAUGGUGCUCGAGGCUGGCCUUUUGGAGCGCCGGGUUGCUGGUACUGGCAGCAACAGCGUUUCCAGCCGAAGCCACGGCUUCUUCUGCUUCGAGGUCAAGAAGCGCACGAGAAGCAGGAGACCCGGACCUUGGGGCGGGAGCAAGCUUACGAUUGUCGACUUGGCGGGCAGUGAGCGUGCUCGAGAGGCAAAGACUCAGGGUGCCACGUUGGUUGAAGCUGGUAAGAUUAACGAGAGUCUGAUGUAUCUGGGGCAGUGUUUGCAGACGCAGAGUGAGCUGUCGUCGUCAACCAAGCCCAAUGUUGUUCCGUAUCGCCAGUGCAAACUGACUGAAUUGCUCUUCUCCAAUUCAUUCCCAUCCUCGUCUUCCGCAGCGCAUCCUCACGUCCCUCGUCGCAAUCCCCAGAGAGGCGUCAUGAUUGUGACUGCCGAUCCGAGGGGCGACUUUAACGCAACGUCUCAGAUUCUCCGGUAUAGCGCUCUGGCACGAGAGGUGACUGUUCCUCGUAUCCCAUCCAUCACGGCUACGAUUCUUGCUCAAGCGCCGCCGACUGGCAAUCCGCGACCAGUCAGUCCCGUACAACACCAUCCCCGACCCUUCGUGCCGCCCGGUUCAUCGGCAUCAUAUAGAAACCACACACCGCCCAUGAAUGUGGACGAGCGCGCAACCAUGGAGAUUGCCGCAUUGGAAAUUGCCAGAAUGAGCGACGAAAUCGACCAGCUCCGCGUAGAGGUCGACGAGCAGCUGGAAGCACGCGUGACGGCUGAAGCGCACCUGUUGAGCAUGGAAGACCGCAUGCUCGACCUUGAAGCUGCUAUUCGUGACGAGUGUGCCACAGAGUUUGAGCAGCGCCUCAUGUUGGAGCUAUCUCGCCUCAAGGCCUCCCUGGCGCUGGAGCAGGAGCGCAACGAAGAGCACUGGGAUCGCAAGGUGGACAUCCUCGAGCGUGGCCUGGAAAAUCCCCUCGACGACGGUGAGUGCGACAAGGAGAAUGUCCUCGUGGAAGACCUCACGCAAGAAGUAGAGCGUCUGCGGCGAGAAAACGCCAUUCUGAAGCGUGAACUGGCCGGUCGAAGUCCCACCAAGCGCAAGCCCCUUGAGGAGAGGGAUGAUUUCUCACCCGCGUCCGCGACCACCUCCAAGGACGGCGUGGCUAAUCUGGGCAAGAAGCUGGAACGAAUGCGUGUGAGUAGGGAUAGCUUGAGGGCCACGAGUGCGAAUGCUGGCAAUGGGAGCCCCAAGAAAAUGCGGAAUCUGGCCAGCACGAAGCGCUGGGAAGAGGCGAGAGAUGACUUUUAA